AUGACAUUCUUCUCAAACCUCUUCUCUCACAACGACACCCCCUCUCCUACCUCUCCUACCUCCCCCUCAUCCCCAACCUCCCCUACCACCACAUCCACAGCGACCGAGAAACAAAACGCCGCAGCCCUCAAGACGCUCAUCAAAUCCCACAAACAGGUCCUCCGCGUCGAAUACUCCCGUCUCGUCCUCGACUACAAGCUCGCCCUCGAAACCGCCGCCAAGGAACACAAACGAGCCCGCAAGCAGGCCGAGGAGAUCUUGCAGCGCCGAUCGGUUGAAGCUGUGAGGAGACAAAUGGAGGUCAUUGCGGGGAGUGAUGAGGUGUUGAGGGCGGAUGAGAAGACGAGGGGGUUGUUUGUCGAGCUCCAGAAGAGUUGGUUGGGUGCCACUGCAGGGGAAUUUGGAACUGGCACUAUGGUGAUCGAGGGGUUUUUGGUUCAGGAUACCUACUCGUCGUCGUUACCAGUAUCGACAGGCGCUGAAAGGGAUGGACGAGUGACCUUCACCGAUUGA